AGAACUAUUUUGAAUCCUCUUCCAAAUCUGCAGCACCAAGAAGCCAAGAAUUGUUGCGCCAAUCCAUUAGCUUUCUUAGUUUGCUCAUCAUUUUCCCAGGAAAAUUUCUUACACGGACGGACGAAUUGUUCUUCGAGUGGUCUGUCGCUUUAUUCCAUAAAAUUGCUAUCCCUAGGGCUCCAUUUGAAGUUAUAGCAGCAGCGGAAUGUUUGAAUUUCAACCUCAAGAUGACUGAUACCAGAGAAGGAAACAGUAAAACCGCCGGCACUGGAGAGGCUAGUUUCCAUAGGCUGCAGCCGGAGCGGGACCUUCAAUUAAAUUGGGAAGUGGACCUUGCGCAGAAGCUCGAAAACUAUUUGGUGCAGAUUUGCUCCGGUGGUGAGCUUCAGUCCGGCGAGGACGAGAACCAAGUUUCUGUCAAUUUUGCCGAAGCUGCUCUGUUGCUUCAAGGUUCGAUUCAAGUGUAUAGCCGAAAGGUUGAAUACCUCUACUCGUUGGUUCUUCGUGCGCUGGAGUUCCUUUCCCAGAAAAGGCAACAGGAUAAUUUAGAAGGAACCUCAAUCGAGGGUGAACAAAGUGGCUCUAAUAACAAUGUUGAGGAUGAAGACCUAUAUUGGGUUUCAGAGGAUGUUCCAGUUGAUCCAAAAAAUUCCUUGGACAGUACCAAAGAAGAUGGUUGGUUACGUCAAUCUGUAAAGCCGCCGGCAAACUUAGUUGUUCUUGAAGGCGACUGCUUUGAUGCAUCUGGUGAUAAUGGAGAGUUGGAUUCAUACUUGUUGGCCACCACAAGUGAUAUUUUUCAAGACUUUAUUCUCUUAGAUCCGUGUGAUGCAGAAGGAGUUCAAGAUUUUCUCAAUGGUGGUAACAAGUUUGGUGGUCAAAGCCAAAAUGGAUGCAAGGGCAGCUCAACCCGUAGGGGCUUUCAGUCUCCCUCGAGACGUUCAGGAGGAAAUAUGCAGAAGUCAUCUACGGGAAGGGGUCAAUCACCUCUUUCCAACCGUUGUUUCAAUAAUAAUGACUUUGACUAUAAUACGAUGCCUGAUCCGCCAUGUUGUGAUGAUUUUGCCCAUGGAAAUCAUGAAGUUGGUGUGGAUGUUGAAUAUUCAGAAUCAGAUGGUUCUGAUGAUGAAGAUGAUCCCUGGAAGCCUUUGGAUCCGCACAAACCUGGAAAUUUGAAAAUAAAACCAUUCAGGAAAGUCAAGGCUUUUAAAAAGAAUUAUGAUGAUUCUAGCAGGCAUCAGUCUGUUACUGCUUUGUUUCCACUGGCAAGAUUACAUGGCCCAAUUAGUCCAGAGUUUGCAAAUAUUUGGGAGGCGCGGAGACAUGCCUUUGAUACACAAAAUGAAUCCAAUUCUUCUUUGUUAUAUGAAAAGCUGCGAAACUCGCUUAUUAAUGAAGGACAUGAAAGUUGUGAUCCCACUUUUGAUGUAGAAGAUGAGGAUAUCGAUCAUGGUUUUGAAGGAGCAAUGCCUGAUGCCAAUCCACCUGAUAUUGACGAUUCCAACAAUCAUUUUAUGGAUGAGGCUAUGUGUUCUGAGAAUGAAAAGCGUGAUGCUGCUGCUGCUCAUUUUAAUAAUGGUGAAACAUAUGAACCUGAAUAUCCAGAUUCUCAAGCAAGUCUAGAAGACCUUUGUCGCUCUCACCUUGAUGCACUCCUGGCAAGCAUUGCUGAGACGGAGAAACAAACUGAAAUGGCCGCUCGAGUCUCUACAUGGAAACAGAAAAUUGAACACAAUUUGGAAGAGCAAGACAUACGCCCUCCAUUCGAUAUUCUUGAAUAUGGCAAAGGUAUUCUUGAAGAGUUAUCUGGUGAAGCUGACAAUGGAGGUGUCGUGUCUUUUUCUGAUGUUGUCAAGGGACAGGAGAAGUUUGAUGUGGCACGAAGCUUUUCCGCUCUACUUCAAUUGGUGAACAAUGGAGAGGUGGAGUUGGAAAAGAGAGGGGUUGAUGGGGAGUCGAUUUGCUACACUUCUGUGAAUCCAUUCCAUGUUCGCCUUACUCACCAUGACAUUCGACCGGAUAAAACACAGCAUCAGAUGUUGAGAAAACAGUCGACAUCCUCGUCUAAGAGUGAAAAUGGCAGUAGUGACAAUGUGAGACAUAUAAACCAUAAAUCUUCCCAUGACAACAAUACUCUCAAACAGUCUAGGACGAGAGACUUGUCACAACAGAAUCGUAAACUUCCUGGAAAGCUGGGAAAGGUCGGUAGCCUAAGGACCACUCCUGAAGGUAAGAGGCGACGAAGAUCUCGAUUUGCUGAACCGGUCGAUUUAGGAUGACGAAAUCUAAUAUACAGUUAGGUGACUGUUAGAAUCUAGUUAAGCAAUUCAACACUGUAUGUGGUAGUUUGAAGCACCAACUACUCGUUGGGGUAUUGAGUAUGAAAGUGUUUAGUGUCUAACAAUUUUCCCUUUUUCCCUCUUUAAGUCUAUUGAUUUGAUGUAAUUAUCAUUAUCUGGAGGGAAAUUGAUGUAUUCAAAGGAAAAAUACGUUGUAAGCAUGUAAUUUUUGUUGACCAAAGUCCCAUCUGAAGGGGGAACUGUAUGUAUUGAUUGUCUUGUUCUCUACAAAUGUAAUACAUCUCUGUAUAGCCGGAA